AUGGCGAACUGGGCGGAGUUGCCCUUGGAUCUUCUUGGUCUAAUUGCAAAGCGUGUUAAAGUGAUUAAAGAUUUCAUUGCUUUUGGUGUUGGUUCUACCUCUUGGCGAACUGCUUCUACAAAGAAAAACUUUGAUGUGUUUUCGUCCCAAGUUCCGGAUCUUAUUUUAGCUGAUAAACAUGAUGAUUAUCGAUAUUUUACACUUUUUCCAAGCAGAAAGUUACACCAUGCCUUAUUGGCUUUUGAUUGUGACGAUACAGAGGGAGGAUAUCCAUGCAUCGACCAAGUUGUGUUAUCUGCUAACCCUUCUCUUACAUCAGAUUAUGUAUUGGUGGCUUCUUUCUAUGGAUAUAAAAAAUAUUUGGCUUUUUGGCAACCUGAAGAUCUCAACUGGAGUAAUAUUAAAAUCGACAGAUCUAAUGUAGUUGGUGGAGUUACAGUCUCAAAUACUAUUAGGGCCUUAUUCGCUUUUGAUUGCAACGAUAGAGAUGGAGGAUAUCCAUGCAUCGUCCAAGCUGUGUUAUCUGCUAACCCUUCUCUUACAUCAGAUUAUGUACUAAUGGUUUCUUUUGAUAGAUAUAAAUAUUAUUUGGCUUUUUGGCAACCUGGAGAUUUCAACUGGACUAAUAUUAGAAUCGACAGAUCUAAUGUAGUUGGUGGAGUUACCAGUCUUAAAUACUAUAAGGGUAUAUUUUAUGUUGUGUAUUACUCUGGUCAAUUAGCGAACUGGGCGAAAUUGCCCGUGGAUCUUCUUGGUCUGAUUGCAAAGCAUGUUAAAGUGAUCAAAGAUUUCAUUGCUUUUGGUGUUGUUUCAACCUCUUACCGAACUGCUGCUACAAAGGAAAACUUCGAUGUAUUUUCGCCCCAAGUUCCGUUGCUUAUGCUAGCUGAUAAAGAUGAUGAUUAUCGAAAAUUUUACUCUCUUUCCAAGUAG